AUGGAGCAGGAGAGAAGACAUUUCAUUGAAAAGGUUGAGGAAACAAAACAAGCGUACAUCUUGUAUGACAGAAAACCAACAAUAGUAAUGGCAAAGAAUCGAGUUGCGCCUAUCAAGACUAUAACUUUACCAAAACUAGAGCUUAUGGGGGCUGUAAUUGGAGCAAGACUUGCUGAUCAUAUCUGCAAAAACUUUCCAGAAACUUUCAGUGAAAUACAAUUUUGGAGUGAUAGUCAAAUCGUACUUAGUUGGCUUUCAUCCGUAAAACCACAGAGACAAUUUAUCAAAAACAGAAUUGAAGAAAUUAAAAGUUUGUGUGGAGAUAAUGUAUGGAGAUACUGCCCUACGAAAGACAAUCCCGCAGAUCUACUUACACGUGGUAUAACAUCUGAAGAACUGAAACAGAACGAAAUAUGGUUUAGUGGACCUAAAUGGUUAAACAGCAAAGAAGAUUGGCCGACAUGGAACGGAAACAAUGUAACGUCUAGUGUAUGUACAACAAUAUCGGAGAACGAUGACAAAAUUGAAACUAUGGAGAAUAAUCAAAAUGUACGUAUUGGUAUAGGAGAAAUCAUAGAUAUCGAACGGUACAAUUCUUAUAGAAAACUAACCCGCAUUACCGCAUAUGUAAUGAGAUUCGCAACGAACUGCAGAGCAACGGAAACUGAACAAAAGAAAGAUUUGUUACGUAGUGAUGAAAUUGAAAAUGCAAAAUUCCUAUGGAUAAGAUAUACACAAGGUAAAAUAUUUAGUGACGAAAUAAAUUGUAUAGAUAAUUCUACAAAACGCAAAACACUUGUGCGACAAUUAAAGCUCUUUCUAGACGAAAAGCAAUUAUUACGAUGUGGUGGCCGCCGAAUAGACAAUGCGACAGUAGGAGAAACAGUCAAGUUUCCAUAUCUGUUACCGGCAAAGGACCGUCUCACACAUUUGAUAGUGUUAGAAGCACAUGAGAAUACACUACAUUCAGGAAUAAAUAUCACUCUAGCAUACAUACAACAAACAUUUUGGAUUCCGAAAUUAAGACAGUGCGUCAAAUCUAUAUUGAUGAAAUGUGUAACGUGCCGAAAAGUAAUCGGAAAAUCUUAUCCCGCACCAGAAAUUCCACCAUUACCAAAAGAGAGAGUUCAAGAUGCCACACCCUUUAGCAUCACCGGUGUAGACUUCACAGGUGCGUUAACGACAAGAAACAGACACAACGAAGAAUCGAAGGUUUACAUUUGCCUAUUUACAUGUGCUGUCACUCGAGCAGUACAUUUGGAAUUAGUUUACGAUCUCAGCGAAGAAUCUUUUUUUUUGUGUUUCCGGAGAUUUGUAAGUCGACGAUCAGUGCCGAAAAUAAUGAUGUCAGAUAAUGCGCUAACAUUUAAAGCUGCUUCAAACGAAAUUUCACGACUUUGCAAUUCUAGAAAAGUUAAAGAAAAUAUUCAGAAUUAUGGCAUUGAAUGGAAGUUCAUCCCAAAUAGAGCUCCAUGGUUCGGGGGCAUGUGGGAAAGAAUGAUUGGCUUAACAAAAAUAUCACUUAAGAAAGUAUUAGGACGUGCACAUGUCAACGACGAGACUCUAAGGACCGUAUUAACAGAGAUCGAAGCCACACUCAACGAUCGACCAGUGACGUAUAUUUCAACAGAUAUCAGAGAUCCGGAGCCGCUUACACCAUCCCAUCUUAUACAUGGACGAAGAAUAACAACUUUACCGUAUGUAUCGUCAAAUAGUGCUAUUGACAAUCUAAAUGUUUGUGAAUUAACACACACAAACUUGAACAAUCAAACGAUACGACAGAGACAAUUGAUUGAGAAUUUCUGGACGAGAUGGAAAGGAGAAUACCUUACUUCAUUGCGAGAAUAUCACCAAAGAGCUGGAGUCGACGUUCGGAAGAUUAAAGAAGGCGAUGUCGUUCAGAUACACGACGAAUCAAAGCGCGUACAUUGGAAACUUGGAGUUGUGCAGGACACUAUUAAAGGCAAGGACGGAUUAGUACGCGUCGCUAUGGUGCGUACCAAAUCAGGAAUUACAAAUCGACCCGUGACGAAACUCUACCCAUUAGAAGUCAACAGCAUGGACUGUUAUCUGAGACGAAGUGAACGAAGAAACUAA